AUGGAAGAAUCAUUCGUUAAGGAAAAACAGAAGAAGGAUGAUGAAGAGAAACACAUAAGCUCUAAUACCAGAUCAGAUGUUAUAAUUGAUUGUCAUACUAAGGAGGAGGAGGAGGAGGAGGCGGCACCAACGAUCGUGGAAGAGGCGCCGUUGAGACAGAAGACGAAGAGAGUUGCAACGUUAGAUGCCUUCAGAGGUCUUACUAUUGUGUUGAUGAUAUUGGUAGACGAUGCUGGAGGAGCUUAUUCAAGGAUUGACCAUUCACCGUGGAAUGGUUGCACUCUGGCGGACUUUGUGAUGCCAUUUUUCCUCUUCAUUGUAGGAGUUGCCAUUGCCCUCGCUUUCAAGAAAAUUCCGAGUCUAAAAACAGGAGUGAUGAAGAUAAGUUUAAGGACCAUAAAACUUGUGUUUUGGGGUCUAAUAUUGCAAGGUGGAUAUUCUCACGCUCCUGAUGAUCUUCAAUAUGGUGUUGAUAUGAAACACAUUCGAUGGUGUGGCAUUCUUCAAAGAAUAGCAUUGGUUUACUUUGUAGUAGCUAUGAUUGAAGCUUUCACCACCAUAGGAAAACCAAGAGUCAUCCUGGACCAUGGCCAUUUCUCCAUUUUCACUGCAUAUCGUUGGAUUGGAGGAUUUGCAGCUUUCGUUAUAUACAUAAUUAUAACUUAUGCACUCUAUGUUCCAAAUUGGAGCUUCUCAGUGCUAGAGGAUGACCAACUGCUCCAUCAUUACACAGUUGUUUGUGGAGUUAGAGGCCACUUGGGCCCUGCCUGCAAUGCUGUAGGCCAUGUUGAUCGCCAAGUUUGGGGCAUUAACCAUCUCUACUCCUAUCCUGUUUGGAUUCGCCACAAGGACUGCACGUUUAGCGCACCGGACGAAGGCCCUCUUCGAGAUGACGCUCCAAGUUGGUGUCUAGCUCCGUUCGAGCCUGAGGGCUUGUUGAGCUCCGUUUCAGCCAUUCUUUCUGGCACCAUUGGCAUCCAUUAUGGCCAUGUUCUGCUUCAUUUCAAGACUCAUUCUCAAAGGCUGAAGCAAUGGGUAGCAAUGGGUUUUGGCUUCUUUAUUAUUGGCAUCAUCCUUCAUUUCACAAAUGCCAUUCCCAUUAACAAACAGCUUUACAGCCUUAGCUAUGUCUGCUUCACAGCAGGAGCAGCUGGGAUAGUCUUCUCAGGUUUCUACAUUCUGAUCGACGUUUGGGGUUUCCGAAAGCCAUUCUUAUUUCUAGAAUGGAUUGGAAUGAAUGCAAUGUUGGUGUUUGUAAUGGCAGCUCAAGGAAUUUUUGCAGCUUUUAUUAAUGGAUGGUACUAUAAAGAUCCUGAAAACUCCCUAGUUCAUUGGAUUCAAAAGCAUGUAUUCAUCAAUGUUUGGCAUUCAAGAAAAUUGGGGACUCUGCUGUACGUGAUAUUUGCUGAAAUAGCAUUCUGGGCAAUAGUAGCUGGGAUUUUGCACAAGCUUAGAGUGUAUUGGAAACUAUAAAAAAAAUUGGAAAGAAAAUGAAGCAAAACUAUGGGAAAUCACCAAAUUUGUGCCAUUAAUUUUCUUUCAUUUUCUAGUCGUUGGUUUGAAUCUUCUUUUCAAAUAUUUCUACAUGCGACGGUACUUUUGUAAAACAAGUAAUGCCUUGAUGAAUGAAAAAACAUUAUGUAAUCACUAGAACCUUUGUAUUACUACUAAUAGAUUUUGGUAAUUAGCAACAACUUAAUAGUAAAAGGUGCUCUGUAUAAAAUUGAGACCACUAUAACUCUCAAGGCAAAGUUGUUUUAUCAAAGACUUGAACAUAUCAACCUUUACAUCAUAAUUCACACGAUUCUACCACUUUAAAACAUGUUACAAGCAUCAAUAAGAUAAGGAGGAGCAGCCCAUCUUAACCUGGAAGAGCAAGCUAUAUAUAUAGGCUAACUAAUGUAAUUUUCCACUUAAGAAGUUCCAUCUAUAUUAUGCCCAUCCCAUCAACAUCUUCCUGACUCCUUCCUCGAUCUUGCUUCUUGGAACCGAAGACCCAGCUCCUUCAUCAAGCAUCACUCUAUACACUUCCCAUUCUCGAUCUCCAAUCAAAUGGCGUCUGAUUUCUGCC